CUCUACUGCAUUGUACAUCUGAGAGACACGUCAGCAUGAAGCCCAAAACUUGUCCAAAAUGUACAACAACCAAAGCACACAAUAAAAUGACUUCACUAAAUAAACACUGCACUAGAUUCCCACCCAACUCUCUCUCUCACACACUGAGUUCUCUGAUUGAAAUUUUGUCUCAAACAGCUUUCUGAAUAUUUCAAAUUCUCUCUCUCUCUCUCUCUCUGACCGUUUCUAUUUUCUCAGACACCAUUUCAAAUUCAAAACCCUAAAAUCUGAUUUCUCAGUAUCUUCUUAUAAGUUUGUUCCUUACUUUGUCAGAGAAAAGUUUCCAUUUUUUUCUUUUCUGGGUACUAAAUUUUUUUCUCUGAAUUUAUUGCAAAAGCUGAGAAAUUUUCAAUAUUUGGGUUUUGAAUUUCAAAAGGGUAUGCUUUUUUUUUUUGAGUUUUUAUUAGAAGAUUGAAGAAGAUGAUUCGAAGAAGAUGAUGAUCAAAGAAGACUGUCUCUGAUUUUCAGUUUGGUUGUACUGAAAGUGGGUAUUUUGGCUUUGACUUUGCCGUGACUUUUUUAGGGCUUGAUUAGGGUUUCUGGGUUUUGGACUUGAACAGCUUGAGAAUUGGAGAGUUGUAUCGCUGAGAGAAUAAGUGAUUACUAAGCAGGUGGGCCUCAUAGAAAUUGAAAAGAAAAAAAAAAUUAAUAUUGAAGUAGUAUGGGUACAAAAGACCAUCAAAAUGCUACUGACUCUCCUAAUACUAAAGCAGAGGUGGGAGAGAUAGACACUAGUGCACCUUUUCAAUCUGUUAAAGAUGCUGUCAACCUAUUUGGUGAAGGUGCUUUCUCAGGGGAAAAACCUGCCAUCAAGAAGGCGAAACCUCAUUCUGCAGAGAGAGUGCUAGCCAAGGAGACCCAUCUUCUCCUGGCUCAGAAAGAGCUGAACAAGUUAAAGGAACAACUAAAGAAUGCUGAAACCACUAAGGCCCAAGCCUUUGUAGAGCUUGAAAAGGCUAAAAUAACAGUUGAGGGUUUGACUCAGAAGUUGACUUCACUUAGUGAAUCCAGGGAAUCAGCAGUCAAGGUAACAGAAGCUGCAAAGAAUCAGGCAAAGGAGCUUGAAGAAUCAAACUCUGGCCAAACUAUUGGAACUAAUGGUGCUUGGAAGCAAGACUUAGAAACUGCAAGAGAACAGUACAUGAUAGUGAUUACUGAACUUGAUGCUGCAAAGCAAGAAUUACAGAAAAUCCGUCAGGGCUGUGAUGAGUCCUUGGAAGCAAAAGUUGCUGCCUUAAAGCAAGCAGCAGAAGCCGAAGGUGCAGUGAAAGCAAACAUGGAGAAAACUGGUGAGCUUUCCAAGGAAAUUUCAACUAUACAGGAAUCAAUUGAACAAGUGAAGCUUGCAACUUCACAAGCCCAAGAAGAACAAGCAAAUAUUUUUGCAGAAAAGGAUGUUCAAAGACAGUCAUAUAAAGCUAGUCUGGAGGAGUCAUCAAAGAACUUGCUUGCUUUGAAGAAAGAGUUGGAUCCUGAACUCACCAAAAAUAUGGAAGCACAACUGACCAAUACAAUGAAUGAAAUUGAGGCUCUGCAAAAGCAAAUGGAAAAUGCAAAGGCUUCAGAUUUGGAUUCUGUGAGAACUGUCACUUCAGAGCUGGAUGAUGCUAAGGGGUCACUACAGAAGGUCGCAGAAGAGGAAAGUACCCUUCGAAGCUUGGCGGAAGCUCUCAAGGUGGAGCUGGAGAAUGUGAAAAAAGAGCAUUCCGAACUGAAGGCAAAGGAAGCAGAAACAGAGUCCAUUGCUGGAAAUCUGCAUGUCAAGCUUCAGAAAGUUAAAUCUGAGCUUGAAGCAUGCCUUGGGGAAGAAUUGAAAGCAAGAGGUGCUUCUGAGGAGAUGAUCUCAGCACUUAAACAGCUUUCGUCUGAAACUGAAAAUGAAUGCCGAGAAGCAGAAGAGAUGAAAACUAAAGCAGAGGAGUUGAAGAAAGAAGCUGACACUACCAAAAUUGCAUUAGAAGAAGCAGAAAAGAAGCUGAGAGUUGCUUUGGAAGAAGCUGAAGAAGCAAAAGCAGCAGAGGCAAGUGCCCUUGAUCGGAUUAGGGCCUUGUCUGAGAGAACUACUGCUGCACGUGCCUCAACUUCUGAGUCCGGUGCCAAUAUCACAAUAUCGAGGGAAGAAUAUGAGUCCUUGAGCCGUAAAGUUGAGGAGUCUGACACAUUAGCAGAAAUGAAAGUGGCUGCUGCCGUGGCUCAGGUAGAAGCUGUGAAGGCUAGUGAAAAUGAGGCCCUCAAGAAGUUAGAAGCAACUGAGAAGGAGAUUCAAGAUAUGAAAGCUGCAACUGAGGAGGCUCUUAAGAGGGCAGAGAUGGCUGAAGCAGCCAAGAGGGCAGUGGAGGGAGAGAUGCGGAGGUGGCGCGAGAAAGAACAAAAGAAGGCGGCUGAGGCUGCAUCUCGGAUUUUGGCAGAAACAGAGAUGUCAUCAGAGUCAUCCCCACUCCACUAUAAGGUUCAAAAGCAAAUCCAACCAGCGAAGCAAAACCAACCAACAAAAAUUAUUGAGACCCGGAAGUUGGAGAAGAAGACUACUUCUGUUUCAAAGAAAGUACUUUUACCUAAUAUCAGUGGCAUCUUUCACAGGAAAAAGAAUCAGAUUGAGGGUGCAUCUCCUUCGUAUCUACCUGGUGAGAAGCCUGUGUGAUUUUUUUGUGUAGCAGAAAUUUGUGCAAUCAUAAAUGGUUAAGAGAGGAACUUGUUUGGUUGUGUGUAUAUUUGAGACAAAUGGACUUAAAUUCCCUGUUCUUCUGCUUGGAGAGGAAAAAUGAACCAUCAGAAGAUGAGCUCCAUAGCAACCUCAGGGAAGUGUGAUUUUGUAAAUGGGAGAAGUUAGAUUAUUGUUUUGAAAGUUGGCAUUGGAAA